AUGGCACCACGUAAAGAGAGAGGUGAUAGGGAUGGCAGAGAGAAAGGGGUGGAUGGAGCAACGAUGAUUCUGGAAUACCUUCGCCAGCAAAAUCGACCAUAUUCGGCGAUUGAUAUCACCGCCAACUUACAUAACAAAGUGAGCAAAGCUUACACGGUCAAGGCGUUGAAGGAGAUGCAUGACAGGAAGGAGAUUGAGGGACGAGCUGCAGGCAAACAAAUCGUUUACCACGCCCUCCAAGACGCACCUUCAGACUCCACUCCGUCCAAACUCACCGCCCUAGACCAAGAAAUCGAGAACCUCCGCGCCCAACUCGCCUCGACAAAAGCAGCUGAAAAAUCCCUCCGUUCGGAGCUAGGCACGUUGAAUGCGCGGGUAUCUACCGGGGAGUUGCGUGGGAUUGUGGGUGGGUUGGAGAGGGAGCGGGAGGAGUUGUUGGUUCGUCUCAAGCCAUUGAGGGAGAAGGAUUGGAAGGGGGAAGGGGCGGGGAGUCAGGUUGUCUCUGCGGAAGAGUUGGCGAGGGUUGGAGGGGAGUGGAGGGUGUGGAAGGGAAGGGUUGUGGGGAGGAAGCGGAUAUGCAGGGAGAUAUGGGAGAGGUGUUCGGAGGUUUUGCCGGAGGGGAUGAAGGAGAGGGAAGAAGGGAGACAAGAGUUGUGGGAGGGUUUGGGGUUGGAGGGGAGGUUGUAG